AUGAAUCGCAGGGACGACAAUGAGCCGUCUGACCCCAAUGCUCCCUUGCUCCCUUCCGAGCCCCGGAUAGACCAGGAACCCCAAUAUGAAGGUCGCAAUGGGCCGAAGCCUACUACCAACUUGGAACAAUCAAACGGGUGGUUCAUUUACGCUCUGACCUUCUCCGCUGGCAUAAGUGGGUUGUUAUUUGGUUACGACACAGGUGUCAUUUCCGCAACCUUAGUAUCGAUCGGCUCCGACCUCUCUAACCGUCCUCUAACGACUUUGGACAAGAGUCUCGUAACGUCCUGCACCAGCCUGUUCGCUUUGACUGCGAGUCCGCUAGCGGGAAUCCUGGCAGACAAGUUCGGUCGCAGAAAGGUUAUUCUCGUUGCAGACGUGCUUUUCACCCUCGGCGCUUUGAUACAAGCUGUCGCAAGUGCAGUAUGGGGCAUGAUAGUUGGAAGAAGCAUUGUUGGCCUGGCUGUUGGUGGAGCAAGUCUGGUGACUCCAUUAUACAUCUCCGAGCUGGCGCCUUCCCAUGCUAGAGGAAGGCUUGUGACGAUACUGAGUCUCUUUAUUACAGGCGGACAAGUCGUUGCUUAUAUCAUCGAAACCCCUCGUUGGCUGGUCCAGGCAGGGUUCGAAGAGAAAGCUACGAAAGUCCUCUCCCGGGUUUAUGGGAGCCAUCACGACAGUGGCCUCAUGGCCAAGCAGGUUAUGCGGGAUAUCCAGCAAGAAGUGGCCGAGGAGGAGGAAGAGUUAACUCAAACAAACAAGCCCUCCACAGGAAACUGGCAGUGGCUGACGAACGUUACGCAGUGUGCUCGCCACUUGGUCCUCGUCGGUGGUAAUCGGAGGGCAUUGAUCAUAGCGGUUAUGCUGCAAGCCACACAACAACUGUGUGGAUUCAACAGCCUCAUGUAUUUCUCAGCGACAAUUUUCUCCAUGCUGUCAUUCUCGUCCCCAACUCUAGUGUCAUUGUCAGUGGCGCUGACCAACUUCUUAUUCACCUUACUCGCAUUUGCCUUUAUCGAUAGGAUUGGUCGACGCCGCAUUCUCCUGUACUCAGUGCCAGUGAUGGCUCUCUCCCUCAUUGCCUGCGCUUUUACGUUCGGCUCAGUCGAGAUGCCAAACCCGGAGUCGAGGGUACGGGCGGAAGAUGCCACAAGUGAUAGCGCUUUCCUCCCUGUUGUUAUCCUGAUAUGCCUCACCGUUUAUGUGGGAGCUUAUGCUUUCGGACUUGGAAACGUGCCUUGGCAGCAAUCAGAGCUCUUCCCCUUGAAUGUACGCUCCUUGGGAUCAGCCUUGGCUACCGCAACGAAUUGGGGGUCAAAUUUUGUUGUCGGUCUAACUUUCCUGCCUAUGAUGGAAUGGCUCUCUCCUGGAUGGACAUUCGCGGCCUAUGCGGCCGUAUGCGUGUUCGGUUGGUUUGGUAUUUACACUAUCUAUCCCGAGAUGAGUGGGCUUCGCUUGGAGGAAGUCAAGGAACUUUUAGCAGAUGGCUGGGGUGUUCAGGAAAGCCUUAGAAGACGUCGUGGUCGUCCUGGCAUCAUUCAGUAUAUUGCUUGCUUGCUACCUCGCGACAUCGAUAUAGUAAAUUUCGCCCAAUGCUGCCCUUGGCUAGCAGCAAAAACACUGCCGGGUCAUUCUUCCAUUUGGCGAAGCCGCUUCAUUGACCUUUAUGAUGUUACUCGACAGUAUGCUUCCAAUGAAGUCAAAAUUGAGUAUCAAAUUCGAGCCAUUGUUCUCUCACAAUCCAUCAGUUUCAAAUUCGGCCAAAAGGAGGCGCAGACUCUCUGGCUGGAAGUCCUACGAGAUAUGCUACGUGAAUCAUACUGGCUUCUAGAAUCGAAUGGGCCAUAUACUUCUAAGAACCACCAGAAGAUUCGAGACAUACUCUCCAACUCUGAACUUCUGAACAGGCCCGUUAGCGGCUACAGUCAGAAGGAUGCAGGCCCGCCUUCCGAUCUCUUCUGUGCAACCCAGUUGUGCCUGACCGGUUUAGCUCUGGAUCCUCUAAUGUCUGUUCAGUGCCUGAGGACAGACUAUGACGUUGGUGUCGUCUAUGGUUACAGGGCUGAGAACAGCAGACCAAUUGUGCUUGAAAACAAGCUCGACCUGGAGAAGUUACUUCACAUACGCAACUUCUGGCUUCGUCAUCUUCUCUGCCCGACUGAAGCGACCUUUCACGCUUCUUAUAUGAACCUGGCUCCACGCUACAAGCCCAGAUCAUGGGGUGAGCUUGCGCCUUCUGAUGAUGAAUUGCCAUGGAUGGGUUAUGCAUCAUGCGUGCACCCAUACCCGAGAUCUCUGAAGAUCCUCGAGGAUCGCCAGACAUGCGCGGAUCUGGAUACUAGUUGUGCACAAGUUCGGUUUCAGUCUCUUUUAGUGAAACCCGAUCCCAACCCCUUGAAUUGGCCACCUAUACUUCAAUCAGUAGUUCCUCUUGAUCCUCUGAACUUCGAAAGAUCAUAUAUUCGUGGAAUACGGAGAACACCUGACUACGUCGUUCACCCCCCGGAUCUGGUGCGAGGGUUCUGUGAACCAAUCGCCGAUUUCCAAGGGGGCUUCUCUGGCUGGCAUCGCAUUUGCUUCGUGAUAUAUCAAUGGGAUCAAGAGCAGCCGCCCGUUCCUUCUGCUAAUGAUGGCACAGAACCCGCUCUGGAUGAGAACGCAUGGCUUUUCGAGGCAAAAUGGCCGCCACCGGACUUUGAGUCUGAUUUCUACUUAGUACAGGUUUACGAGGGUGUGAUCCUACCGGAAGGUAGAAUAAUGAUCGGAACUUGGGUAGAUCUGCUGGAGACGCUGGACAAGGGUCCGUUUAUCUUCUGGAAAAGAUGA